AUGGGACGCCGCGACAUUGAAGAGAACGGUCGGCGCAAAGGCGGGCUUGUGCGUGCCGGCAUCAGAAGCGUUUCCGGGGCUGUCGGCCUGGCAUCUGAAAGUAUCAAGUCACGCAAAACAACAGAGCGUCACAAUUCAGAGACUGGAGUGCCCACAGCUACACGUUCAGACAGCGCUCAAUCGGUCGAGAACCCAUCGUCAACGCAACAAGGAGACGAAGCUAGAGACGAUCUUGAGAACGAAUGGAAUCUGGAUGACGCUCAGGAUGAAAUUGCUGGAGAACACAGCCAAGGUGCUAUCGACGCGAACCCUGAGCGCACUUUCAUGAAGAGACACAAUCAGAGACUCGGCUCUGAUUCCUCUGGUCAGCUCACACUUCCAGUUAUCAUCCCACAACGUCGGCCCAAAGACCGUUCGCGAGGUUUCAUUCGAGCCUACUCGCCUGUACUACAAGAUGCAGGUAUCGACCAGCCUACCUGGCUCGAUUUCCUCGACACACUCCAGAAGUCGAGCGCUGCUGACCCAUGGCUGAAUGCCAUCAACUUCGCUUCUAUUAGCACGAUGUUCAUGCCCCACGUUAUUGGCUUCGCCGUCUCGUAUGCUAUCCAGCAAGCCACCAACAUUGCUAUCGAAAUGCAAGCUCGUUUCAGGUAUUUUGUCAGCACAUCUACCCGAAACUUCAACAUCUGA